AUGAAAGGGUCAAUCAUCAUCUACACCGCACUUAUCGCAUUCUCACGAUGCACCAGAAAUCGCAGACUCUGGUGCGAGGCCGGACUGGUAUUCUACUUCAUGUACAUCGCUGACGGCUGGUAUGGCGCCAUGUUCGUGAUGGGAAUGAUGCUCUGCGAUCUCGAUUUAUUGGCAAAAAAGAACGACCUGCCAGAAAUCUUCAAGAAACUGGAGCCAGCCAAGAUGUUCAUCUUCUACCACUUAUUCUUCGUUUCCAUGUAUCUGGGUGGUGUACCAUCAUACACAGGCGACGUCAUGAAGAUGCGCGAAAACCGCGGAUGGUACUACCUGUCCUUACUCAAGCCGCAAGCCGUUUUCGAUUACAAAUGGUUCUACCUUUUCUGGGCUGCUGUAUUUCUCGUCUCCUCGAUUCCUCGAAUUUGGUGGCUGAAAAGGUUCUUCGAGACACGCUUCUGCCAAUAUCUUGGACGGGUCUCGUUCGCCCUCUAUUUGGUUCAUGGACCUGUCCUCGGUACACUGGGAGACCGCCUAUACACAGCUGCAGGCUACUACAAAGACUCAGAGAAGCAGCACCUGGCGUACGUGGUUGACAGGUUUUCGCUGCCAAAGGUCGGCCCUCUUGGGCUAGAGCCGGCCUUUCUCCUCCCACAUCUAGCCAUCUUACCUGUUACUCUUUGGUUGGCAGAGCUUGUCACAAGAUUCAUCGACGAACCUAGCGUUAGGUUUGCACAAUGGCUUUACAGAAAGACACUCAAUGCUUCGGCGACACCAACAAAGGUCUGA